CCAAAAGCUCUCUCUCUCUCUCGCUCGCUCGCUCGCUCGCUUCACUCUCUUUAUCGUUCUAAAAACUGAAUUGUUUCCUAACUAAUCCGGUGCCGGAGAAACACAGAUGGCGGCGGUGCCAGCACUUUCGCUGCUGGGGAUGUCGGAGACUUUCUGGCGGCCCACUCUCUACGUCGGCGAUCUUCACCCGGAAACCACCGAAGCAGACAUCGAGGCCGCAUUUUCUGUGAUCGGCCCGCUGGAUUCCUUCCGGAUUUGCAGAGACGCCGUGUCUGGAAAAUCUCUUCGCUAUGCUUUUGUCAACUUCUUUUGUAUAUCUCAUGCUUCAAAGGCUCUUGCAUGCCUAAACCAUACAACCCUGAGAGGAAAGCCGAUGAGGAUUAUGUGGUGGCAAAGGGAUCCAGUGCUAAUAAAAUCUGGGAUUGGGAAUGUUUUUGUCAAGAACCUUGCUCCUUCAGUCACCAGUGCUCAAUUAGAGAGCAUGUUUAGCAAAUAUGGCACAAUACUGUCCUGCAAAGUCGCAGAGGAAAAUGGGAAGAGCAAAUGUUUUGGAUUUGUUCAGUUUGAAACUCAGAAUUCUGCCAUUUCUGCUAUCAGUUCUCUCCAUGGAGCAGUCUUUGAAGGGAAGAAGUUAUAUGUGUCCACAUUUAAGAAGAAACAAGAGAGGAUGAUGGGUGCCUUUACAGAGCAAAAAUUCAAUAAUCUGUAUGUGAAAAACUUCGAUUGCAAUCUGACAGAGGAUCUCCUAAGAGAGAAGUUCUCCAGAUAUGGGAAGGUCAAUUCUGCUGUCAUUAUGAGGGAUGAAGAAGGAAAUUCAAGGGGCUUUGGCUUUGUCAAGUUUGAUUCAGAUGAAGAUGCUAUGAAGGCUGUUGAGGCUCUUAAUGGUGAACUAAUAGGAUCAAAGAGGCUGUUUGUUGGAAGGGCACAGAAGAAGUCUGAAAGGGAAAGACUCUUGAGAAGUGUAUGCGAGGAGGACAAGUUAACCCUUCGUGAUCAUAAGCUCGAGGCUUCGAGACUGUAUGUGGGGAACCUCGGUGUUUCCAUCAAUGAAAGAAAGUUAGAUGAACUAUUCAGAGCUUAUGGAAAAGUGGUUUCAGUAAAUAUCAUUCGCAGUAAUGGGAUCAGCAAAGGAUUCGGGUUUGUGAACUUUUCCAGCCCGGGAGAUGCCAAGGCAGCUAUGAAUUCACUUAAUGGAAUGGUGUAUUAUGGAAAGCCUUUGUAUGUGUCAUUGGCGUAUCCCAGGGAAGAGCAUUCGAGCAAGUCACUGUCAUCUUUCACUUCUUCACACAAGUCUCUUUAUAACGCCCCGUCUUAUUCCUUGCCAAUGUCCAUUGCACAUUUCAAUCCUUACCAGUCUUCCAUGCAUCAAGACUUUAGCAGACAGUUCAGUGAAUUCUAUCUUGCUGGAAUGCAUAAUUUUCAGGGAAACAAGUUCACAUAUACUAUGAAGUCUGCUCCCAGUGUUUCUAUCCCGGACUGGAAGUGUGGGGCUCAGAAGCAACAACCAAGAACCUGCUGGGAACCGAAAAACAAGAACAUGAAAGGAGCUACAUCAGUAACAGCCACUUCAAAAGAGCUAAGUGCAAUCCACAACGAAAAGCGUCGCUCUCUUAUGGUCUGAGCUUCGGGUUUUAUGACUACACAAGUUUGUAUUGAAGUUCUGGAAUUACGGGGAUCAUUUCAGCAGUGCUUCCUUUUCUCCACGUCGUCUUGACAGCAAUAUGCAUGGGUUUCGAUGCUAGAGUUUAACCUUUUGUGAUUGAUAGAUUGGGCAAUCUGUAAAGAUGAAUGGCUGUUGGAAGCAAACCACUCUGACAAGUAGAAAACAGUACAAAUGCUGAAAACAGGCCAAGCAUUGUCACCAUUUCCGCCUUUUAUCACUUCUGCCAUGUCUGCAGAUACUCAUUUUAGGGUUAUUCAUAUGUUAGUAUGUUCAUAAUUGCUUGUAUAAGAGAUUCUAGUGGCCUCUCCCUAAAUGUAAGGGAAGGAUUACUGUUGUUCAUGCUUUUCUCCUAUGAAUACAAGUAUCUGCUGCUUCAAUUGC